AUGCAGACCUCCAGCUGUAAGUCUGUGCACUUGAGUGAAUGGCAGAGGAAUUACUUUGCCAUUUCGUCUGGUAUAUGUUCUUCAGGACAGAAGGCAGAUGCAUACCGUGCACAUAUACUACAUAUUCAAUAUGCCUGGGCAAACGCUGAGAUCUCCCAAGUCUGUGCUACCAAACUGUUCAAAAAAUAUGCAGAGAAGUAUUCUUCAUUCCUUGAUUCUGACAAUGUUGAAAGUGGCCUGAAUAACUAUGCAGAGAACAUUUUAACUUUGGCAACAUCUCAGCAAACUGAUAGUGACAAAUGGAAGUCUGGAUUGGCAAUAAGUAAUGUUUUAGAAAUGAGUAAUGUACAGGAGAUGAUGGAAGCUGGCAAAAAAGUCAAAGACUCUUUGUUGGCCCCUGUUGAUGCAUCAGUAGUAAUCCAUAAGGAGGCCCAUGCCUUUGAUUUUCCAAAAUUUAAUCCGACUUCUUCUGAAGAGAAUAAAUGUCUUACUCAUUCAAGUCAUGCUACAGAUGGGUUCCAGGGCACUGUGGAGAACAUACCUUCUUCAAAAUGUCCUCAGAAUGUCCAGACCCCAACAGUGACCGACAGUAGUAAAGCUCAUCCUACCUUCUUAGUGCCAUUAGGUGAAUCCACUACUGCAAAAUUCCAUACCACACCAUUAUUUGGAAAUGUCAUAAAGGAAUAUCAUGGCUUUCCAAAAGCCAAUGUUGGAUUAAAUGUGUUCUCAUCAUACCAGUCUUCUUUUCCCUCUGGCUGUGAAAGUUCAUGGGAAAGGAAGACUUUUUAUGGUGUGGGUAACAGUUGCAUUGAUGCACUUCCUAAUCCAAUAGCAAAUAAGGCUUUUAGUAAAAUAGAAGAUAAUUGCCAAAAGGUAGAGAGCAGCAUGCCUACUUUCAAAACCGCCAAAAAACAACUGUGGGUAGAUCAGCAAAAAAAACACCACCAUCCCCAGCGAACAUCAGGGUCUUCAUAUGGUGGUGUAAAAAAAUCUCUUGGAGCUGGAAGAUACCGAGGAAUAUUUGGGAAAUUUAUACCUCCUAUUCCUAAGCAAGAUGGGGGAGAUCAAAAUGGGGGAAUGCAAUGUAAACCCGGGAUAGGGCCUACAGAACUGGCACAUCCAAUUGAUGAGUGUUUGAAAAACUUGGAGCCAAAGAUGGUUGAACUUAUUAUGAAUGAAAUUAUGGAUCAUGGACCUCCAGUAAAUUGGGAUGAUAUAGCAGGAGUAGAAUUUGCCAAGACCACAAUAAAGGAGAUAGUUGUGUGGCCCAUGCUGAGGCCAGAUAUCUUUACUGGCUUACGGGGACCCCCAAAAGGCAUUCUGCUCUUUGGUCCUCCUGGGACUGGUAAAACACUAAUUGGCAAGUGUAUUGCCAGCCAGUCUGGGGCAACAUUCUUUAGCAUUUCUGCCUCCUCUUUAACUUCUAAAUGGGUAGGUGAGGGGGAGAAAAUGGUGCGUGCGUUGUUUUCUGUUGCAAGGAGUAAGCAACCUGCUGUGAUAUUUAUUGAUGAAAUUGAUUCUCUGUUGUCACAACGAGGAGAUGGGGAACAUGAAUCUUCUCGAAGAAUAAAAACCGAAUUUUUGGUUCAGUUAGACGGAGCAACUACAUCCUCUGAAGAUCGGAUUCUUGUGGUGGGUGCAACCAAUAGGCCACAGGAAAUUGAUGAAGCUGCCCGAAGAAGACUGGUAAAGAGACUGUAUAUUCCUCUUCCAGAAGCUUCAGCCAGAAAACAGAUAAUAGUCAAUCUGAUGUCCAAGGAGCACUGUUGCCUGAAGGAAGACGAGAUUGAACUGGUUGUACAGCAGUCUAAUGGAUUUUCUGGGGCAGACAUGACACAACUUUGCAGAGAGGCUUCUCUGGGUCCUAUUCGCAGUUUACAGACUGUUGAUAUUGCCACAAUAACACCUGAUCAAGUUCGACCCAUAUCUUAUAUUGAUUUUGAAAAUGCUCUUAGAAUUGUACGACCCAGUGUAUCUACAAAAGAUUUAGAACUUUAUGAAGACUGGAACAAAACUUUUGGUUGUGGAAAAUAA